CCCACUCACCCGACCUGCGAGCCUGAGUGCGCCCAAGAGGGCUCUGCCCUCGGGGACCCUAGCAAGUUCCGUCGCGCUCAGUUGGCACUGCCGAUCGGGCGCCCCAGCCACCCCAAAACAGUGCCAGCCUCCGAGUACCCGGGGCCCCCAUCGGGAGCCAGCCCACCCAGGACCAGGCGUGACUGGCGGCGGCGAGGCUGGCUGCCCGCAGAAGUGCGGCGUGCGGGAGGUGGCGCGCCGGGUGAGUGGUUCGGGGCGGCGGGGGCGGGGGACCCAAGCGUGGAGGUGACUCCGGGCGGCCGCCGAAGCCCUCCUCCUCCUGCUGCUGCUGCUUCUCCUCCUCCUCCUCCUCCUCCUCUCGGCGCUCCUCUGGCGGCGGCUCCCGCUCCAGCUGCGGUCCCGCGGCCACAUCUGGGGCGCCCAUGUGCGCUCGGGGGCACGGCUGCAUCCGUCCCGCCGCCGCCCUCGCAGCCCCCUGCCCGCGGAGUGGCCCCGGGCCGAGCCGGGGUCCAGUGCCAUUCGGAGUCCGCCUCGCCGCCGCCACCUGGCAGCGCCGGGGCUUGCUCCGCAUCCGGCUUGGACGUCCCCGACCCAGCGGUGGCUCCGCUGUGCUGCGGGGCCGGCGGCUCCUGCUCCCCCGGGCCCACGCGCCUGGCCGCGCCCUGCGCAAGUCCUGCAGGCCAGGGGAGCGGGGCCCCGGCUGGGGCCGAGGCAGGGGCCGUGCCUCCCGGCCCUGGGACUCCGACUCCUCCUCCCCCUGGGCCGCCGCGGCUCGCGGCGCAGCGGGGUCCUAAAGCCGUGCGUCUCAAGAGGAUGGUGCGCCUGGCGGCCGAGUUGCUACUGAUCUUGGGGCUGCUACUGCUCACGCUGCACAUCACGGUUCUGCGCGGUUCCGGAGCUGCCGACGGGCCCAGCGAGGCCGCGGGCAACGCCAGCCAGGACCAGCUGCAGGAUAACCGUAACCUGGAAGGUGACUCCAUGGCAGAAACCAGCCUUCCUCUCUCCAAAGAAGUACCAGAGGAGCCCCUUGACCACCAAGCCACACAUCAGCCCUUUCCCAGACAGCGAUUCCCACAAGAAACUGGGCACCCUUCCUUGCAAAGAGAUGGCCCAAGAUCCUUUCUCCUGGACUUGCCAAACUUUCCAGAUCUUUCCAAAGCCGAUAUCAAUGGGCAGAAUCCAAAUAUCCAGGUCACCAUAGAGGUGGUCGACGGUCCAGACUCUGAAGCAGAUAAAGAUCAGCAUCCGGAGAAUAAGCCCAGCUGGUCAGUCCCAUCCCCCGACUGGCAGGCCUGGUGGCAGAGGUCCUUGUCCUUGACGAGGGCCAACAGCGGGGACCAGGACUACAAGUAUGACAGUACCUCAGAUGACAGCAACUUCCUCAACCCCCCCAGGGGGUGGGACCGUCCGGCCCCAGGCCACCGGACUUUUGAAACCAAAGAGCAGCCAGAAUAUGAUUCCACAGAUGGAGAGGGUGACUGGAGUCUCUGGUCUGUCUGCAGCGUCACCUGUGGGAAUGGUAACCAGAAACGAACCCGGUCCUGUGGCUAUGCAUGCACUGCAACAGAAUCUAGGACCUGUGACCGUCCAAACUGCCCAGGCAUUGAAGACACUUUCAGGACAGCAGCCACUGAAGUGAGUCUGCUUGCGGGAAGUGAGGAGUUUAAUGCCACCAAGCUGUUUGAAGUCGACACAGACAGCUGUGAGCGAUGGAUGAGCUGCAAAAGCGAAUUCCUGAAGAAGUAUAUGCACAAGGUGAUCAAUGACCUGCCCAGCUGCCCCUGCACCUACCCCACCGAGGUGGCCUACAGCACUGCGGACAUCUUCGACCGCAUCAAGCACAAGGAGUUCCGCUGGAAGGACGCCAGUGGGCCCAAAGAGAAGCUAGAGAUCUACAAGCCCACGGCCCGCUACUGCAUUCGGUCCAUGCUGUCGCUGGAGAGCACCACUCUGGCUGCUCAGCACUGCUGCUAUGGUGACAACAUGCAGCUCAUCACCCGAGGCAAAGGGGCAGGGACGCCCAACCUCAUCAGCACCGAGUUCUCUGCUGAGCUGCACUACAAGGUGGAUGUGUUGCCCUGGAUCAUCUGCAAGGGUGACUGGAGCAGGUACAAUGAGGCACGGCCACCCAACAAUGGGCAGAAGUGUGCGGAGAGCCCCUCAGAUGAGGAUUACAUCAAGCAGUUCCAGGAAGCCAGGGAGUACUGAAGGGAUGGCAAGGCGCGCCCGUGCCACUUCCGAUUCGGAGACACAGACAUACUGCACUGAUCACCCAAGUCUUCCCGUGUUUUUAAGUGUAUAUUUGUAUAUACCACAUGAGUAUUUUUUAUAAAUUACACAAGGGAUGUGCACCAGGCCCAUGUGAUAGUCAUGUGAAGCCACCCUUACCAUGCAAAGACCUCCAAGGAGGUGGCCAUGUGGGCAGGAGGUUGGGACACCAGAGCAGCCAGAAAAGGAACCCUGGAUGCUCGAGAGUAUGAUCUGGUGUUUCCAGACACCCAAAGGAGGAAAGAGACUGAAGCUGUAAACAUUAUAAGCAGUUUUUAUAUAUAACUUAUUUAAUAUGAAUGUGACUUAAGCUUAACCUUUUCUCUGGAGUUGUCCUUGUAAAGCUAUUUAAUCACUUCUGUGAGAAUCAGAAAGGGCAGGGCCUAGAGAAGUGGGAGAGAAAAGGAAUUUUGCAAUGGUUUCCUUACAGAAAAAUAGUGCAAUGGAAUCAUAUCAAAACAAGAGAACGCCCACCUUAAACCAAAUGUUAUGUAGUCAUAUGGCACCUUGCUGGAGUCUCAGAUUCCGAAUUUCUCUUGCCUUAGACUGAGGAAUUUUAGGGGCAGAUCUGAGCCCUGGUUUUAAAAUGGCUUUAAAAGAAGAGAGGAAUGUUAGCACAAUGUUAUGAUUUUGCUAAAAGCCCCCCAAGUGGUAGAAUUUCUGCUCAUGUCUUAGUAGGUUCAGAAGAUUGCAGGAAGUUUGGACAUAAAAAGAGUGGCACUUUCCCAAAGGAAAAAAGCAAAAAAAAAAAAAAAAAUGAAAUAAAAUAAAAAUAAAUAAGCAAACAAAAAAAUGGACUCAUUUCAUCUAACAAUGUUAUUUCCACCACUAUAUCCUCAGUAAAUAAAAUAUAAAAAGGGAAGGGGGUAUCUGAAGUCUGGGAAAUCCUAAUUUUUUUAUGUUUUAAGAAUAAUGAAAACUGCAUUAUUUUUUGUAAAGUAUUUAUUGAGUCAUUGGGUCUUGUGCAUCAAGCAACUGUAAGAUGAUCUGGUUCUGGUUCUGUAGGGUAAAACUUAGGACAAAUAAAGAUUGGGUUCCUAUGCAAUAUUUUAUUUGCAAAACUCCAGGAAAAGAGAAUAUAUAAUAAAAUCAUAAUAAAAUGUAGUGUUACCCGCAUCCUUGAUUUAUGAUACAAGUACCAUAAACAGCCCUAGUAAAGCAAGCCAGGAGAGAGAAAAUUCAACCCAGGUGGUUAUGAAAGGCUCAUUGAUUG